AUGGACAACAUGAACUCAUUUGUGGAAUACUCCAUUUGUAACCGACCGGGAACCGGCGCGUACUCUGCGCCUAAAUCUGGAUACCACCAUCAUCACCAUCAUCUGCAUCACCAUCCUUUGGAUCAGCAUCAGGGCUUCCCGGUGACCUCCGGCUCCUUCCACACAGGACACAACGGCUCUCCAGCUCCCGUUAACGGGACUAGAAGUGACAGCAGCGCCGGAGGAGCGAGUUACACCGGGGAUGCGCGGCUGUACGGGGGCUCUGGAGGCGGGGGAGUGCACGGGACCACAGGGGCGAGCCAGCAUCAUCAUCAUGAGCAACAACAGCACCAGCAGACGCACAACGGCUACCAUCACCACCUCCACCAAAGCCAGAGCUUACAAACACUGCCUGCCUAUAAUAACGGGAAUAACACCGGGGCCUACGCGGGGCAGGCGUGCGCCACAAACUCGGACUAUGCUAACGCGAUUGGCCCUCAAAACAGCAUUCACCCGCAGUAUUUCAUGGAGGAGUCUGUGGCCUCCACCUACUAUCAUCAAUCAACCUUCUCCAGCGCGGCCCCCACCGUGGGCCCGAGCUACGGGGCCCUGGCCGGGGCCUACUGCGGGCCUCAGGGCGCUCUGGCUGGGUCACAGUACCCGCAGCAGCUCGGCGGGGGUCUGGACGCAGCGGGCUACCUGGGGCUGCCGCACGGGGGAGGGUACGGGGAGCUGCCGGUGUCCCAGGACAGAGAGAGGGGGGACGAGGAGGGCCAGCAGGCCGGGCAGGGACAGACUUUCGACUGGAUGAAGGUGAAGAGGAACCCCCCUAAGACAGUCAAAGUGUCGGACUUCGGCCUCGCGGGCGCACACAACAACGCCAUGCGCACCAACUUCAGCACGCGGCAGCUGACGGAGCUGGAGAAGGAGUUCCACUUCAGCAAGUACCUGACGCGGGCGCGGCGCGUGGAGAUCGCUGCCACGCUCGAGCUCAAUGAGACGCAGGUGAAAAUCUGGUUUCAGAACAGACGCAUGAAGCAGAAGAAGCGCGAGCGCGAGGGUGCCUCCGCUUCCGCGCGCUCUUCGUCCGGUACCGACGGCGGCUUCAACAAGGACCUGGAGGACACCGAUCACUCCUCCGCGUCCACGUCUCCGGGCGCGUCCCCGAGCUCGGAGACAUAG